GGUAGAGUAAUAGAAAAUCAACAAACACACACAAGGUUGAAACUGAACUCUGUCCCUCUCAGUAUCGUCCAACAUCAAAGAAAUCCCCCAAACCUCGGCAGCGAAAAUGGACAAUAGCACCGAUGAUCAUGAGAUCGAGGACGAAUUCCAGAUCGAGCAAUUCCUCUACGAAGUCGAAGAACAAUUCAACAACCCCUUCCUCCACUUUCCCCCUCCCUCUCCACCAUCCUCUUCCUCUUCCCAAGACCAACCUAACGACAUUGCAAUUGCUUCACCCGCCGAAUUCACUUUCAAUACCAGUAUCGCCUCUUUGCACACAUACCUCGGUGAUGUGGAAGACACGCGCCACCGGACUGCUUUUUUGGACGGCGGUGCUAUAUUGAACAUUCCACUAUUUUGUCUUCAAGGAGUUGUACUCUUUCCUGGGGCUACUCUUCCCCUUAGGGUUACUGUUUCUCGUUUUGUGACUGCUAUUGAGAGAGCUUUAAGUCAUGUUCCUCAUACCAUUGCUGUGAUUCGGGUUCACAGGGAAACUGGAAGUUUUACAAUGAAAGCGGCAAGCAUUGGGACAACUGCAGUGAUUCGGCAAUAUGGGCGUCUAGAGGAUGGUUCGCUGAAUGUGGUGACCCGUGGACAACAACGAUUUCACCUAAGGCGGUGUUGGAAUGAUGUGGACGGAGUGCCUUAUGGAGAGGUCCAAAUUAUCGAGGAAGAUUUACCAUUGAGAACUCCAAGGGAUGCUUUUGGCAAAUCAGCAUCAUCAUGUAAUAUGCUUUCCAGCCGUGUUAAAAUGCAUGGCUUAAAAAACGGGGAAAAUGAUUCAAAAGCAAAUUCAGAUGAGGGUUUUGACAGUGAGCUUUCACCAAUGGAAAGUAAAAUCCACCUAUCUGACUCUGCAUCUGAUAUGAUGGAUGUAUUAGCAAACAGUAGUGAUCAGGAAAUAAGGUCCAAUUUGGAUUCGAGCAUUGGAAUCUGUUCCACUUCUGGAAAGCUGUCAUCCAAAGAAGAGCUUAAUAAUAAACCAUCACAUAUAAUUUCAAAAGCAUUCUUACCCCACUGGGUAUAUCGUAUGUAUGACUCCUAUUGGCUUGCACAAAAGGCUGCAGAUAUGUGGAAGCAAAUAGUCGGGGUUCCUAGUAUGGAUAGUCUCAUCAAGAAGCCUGAUGUUUUAUCAUUUCAUAUCGCCAGUAAAAUACCUGUUUCUGAAUCUACAAGGCAAGAGCUUUUAGACAUCGAUGGCAUCGUAUAUAGGUUACGCAGGGAAAUUGAAUUACUAGAGAGCAUUGAUCUUGUCCGAUGUAAAAUAUGCCAAACUACAAUUGCAAAACGAAGUGAUAUGUUGGUGAUGUCAAAUGAGGGUCCUCUUGGUGCCUAUGUAAAUCCCGACGGUUAUGUACACGAGAUAAUGACUCUUUACAAAGCCAAUGGUUUAGCUCUCAUGGGGCCAGCAGUUACAGAAUACAGCUGGUUUCCCGGAUAUGCAUGGACAAUUGCUAUUUGUACCACAUGUAGAACCCAAAUGGGAUGGCUUUUUACAACCACCAAUAAAAAACUGAGGCCUGCUUCAUUUUGGGGUAUUCGGAGCUGUCAACUUGCAGAAGAAAUACGCCGAAACGUUUAGUUCAGCUGAUGUAGUAGUGACCAUAUAGUUGCGAGUUUUAUAUGAAUAGAUAAAUCUAGCUUAGUGUGGAAACCUGUGUUCAUAAAGCACUGCAUGGUUCUAUUAUGUAUUUAAUAUAAUGCAGUGUUCAUGUAGCAGCGUGCAUGGUUAUAUUAUGUUAUGUUUAUAGUUAAAUAAUGUUGAUGAGUUGGUUCCCUGUCACCAAUUUUUAUCCACCUAGUAGAGAGAAACAUUUCAAAGUGGGGUCUCCUUAUCUUGUUUUAACCCCCAAGUCAAGUCA